AUGGACGCCCUAUCAGAAGCAACUGGCAUCUUUGCAUUAAACCUUUUGAAAAAGCUAGGGGAAAACAACUCAAACAACAUAUUUUUUUCACCCAUGAGCAUGUCAUCAGCCUUGGCCAUGGUUUUCAUGGGAGCAAAGGGAAACACUGCAGCCCAGAUGUCUCAGGCACUUUCUUUUAGUAAAAUUGGAGGUGAAGAUGGAGAUAUUCACGAAGGUUUUCAGUCACUUCUCACUGAAAUUAAUAGAACUGGCACUCACUACUUGCUUAGAACUGCUAACCAGCUCUUUGGAGAAAAGUCUUAUGAUUUCCUCUCGUGUUUUACAGAUUCUUGCAGCAAAUUCUACCAAGCAAAAAUAGAAAACCUUGACUUUGUUAAUGAUGCAGAGACUUGCAGAAGACACAUAAAUGCCUGGGUUGCUGAAAAGACUGAAGGUAAAAUUACAGAGGUGCUGCCUCGAGGUUCAGUUGAUUCUUUGACUAAGCUGAUUCUCGUGAAUGCCAUCUACUUCAAAGGAAACUGGGAUCAUUCAUUUGAGAAAUACAAAACUAGGGAAAUGCCUUUUAAAAUCAGCAAGAACAAAGGAAAACCUGUGCAAAUGAUGUCUCAAAAAUCUACUUUUAAAAUUACCUAUGCAAAAGAAAUAUUCACUGAAAUUCUGGUCCUUCCCUACGUUGGAAAGGAGCUGAAUAUGAUCAUCAUGCUUCCAGAUGAAAACACUGAUUUGGAAACGGUGGAGAAAGAACUUUCUUAUGAGAGAUUCAUAGAAUGGACAAAGCCAGACAAGAUGCAUGAACGAGAGAUGGAAGUUUUCCUUCCUAGAUUUAAACUAGAGGAAACUUACAACAUGGAGGACGUCCUUCGCAGUAUGGGCGUGGUCGAUGCCUUUGAACAGGACAGGGCAGACUUCUCAGGAAUGUCAUCUAAGAAGGAUCUGUACUUGUCCAAGGUCAUGCACAAGUCCUAUGUGGAGGUCAGUGAGGAAGGUACAGAAGCAGCAGCUGCUGCUGCCUGCAGGAUAGUUCUCCAGAGCUUACAAAUCAUCCCCACAUUCCGUGCAGACCAUCCCUUCCUUUUCUUUAUCCAGCACAGCAAAACCAAUGGUAUUCUCUUCUGUGGCCGGUUUUUCUCUCCAUAA